AUGAAUAAUUAUAAUCAAGAUAAAUUAUCAAGGAGGAAGGAUCGUUCCACAGUGGAAGAGGAGGAAAUUAAUUCAACAAGUCGUUUAAAUCAAGGUGUAAAACAACCAGUUUAUUUGACACACGUUGAAGAAAUGGAAGAUAAUGAUGAAUUAAAAGGUAAUCCAAUGCAAUAUAUGACUGCUGGUGCUAUGGCCGGCUUAGUUGAACACGCAGUAAUGUAUCCAAUUGAUACUAUCAAGACUUAUGUUCAAUCGAGUAAUCAAGGAAUAUUUAAAAGUAUUAAAUCUAUUGGAGGAAUUCGUAAUUUUUAUAGUGGAUUGACUGUUGUGUUAUAUGGAGCUUUACCAUCUCAUGCAUUUUAUUUCACAACUUAUGAAGCUGUUAAAAAUAUUUUACAAGGACGUCAAACUCAAUAUGUUAAUGAUUGGAGUGUUAGUGCACUUGCUGGUAUUGCAGCAACUAUUGCACAUGAUGGUAUUGCAACUCCAACAGAUGUUAUUAAGCAACAUAUGCAAUUGAAAGGUCAUGUUCAAAAUUAUAAUUUAAUGAGUGCAACACGUGAAAUUUAUGCCACAAGAGGUCUUAGAGCAUUCUUUGUCAGUUUACCAACUACAAUUUUGAUGAAUAUUCCAUAUACUAGUUUCCACUUUGUGACUUAUGAAUAUAUGAAAAAGAAAUUAUUUGACCAUCAUGACCACGACCACCACGACCACGACCAUCACCACGAUGACCAUGAUCAUGACCACGAUGAAUGGAAACAUGUAAAGCAUUUCAUGGCAGGUGGUGCAGCAGGUGCAGUUGGUGGACUCGUUUCCAAUCCAUUUGAUGUUGUGAAAACUCUUUUACAAGUAGGUCAAGCAGAUACUGUUAAGGAAGCAAUUUCGUUAUUGAGGAAAGAAGAAGGAGGAUUACUUAAAAAUCUCUUUAGAGGAUCUAUACCUAGAGUUGUUUAUUUCACACCUUCAGCAGCUGUCACAUGGACAACUUAUGAAUAUAUCAAAUAUGUUUUCAGAUGGUACAAUACCAACAAUAAUCAAAAUAAAUAA